UCUACAAGAACUUGUUAAAACAUUAACUAGAAUAAUCUCAAAAGCCAUGUUGACAGAAUCAGAAAGAGUACAACGCAUUGCUUCUGCAACUCAAGACACCAUUCCUGAAGAUUUCAUUAGAUCAGAUCAUGAACAGCCUGCACUAACCACUGUAUAUGGUGUUGACAUUGGUGUACCAACCAUCGACAUUAGCGACCCAGAUCAAGAAAAGGUGAACCGUUUGAUAGUUGAGGCUAGCGAGGAGUGGGGAAUGUUUCAAAUAAUCAACCAUGGCAUACCUGGUGACCUUAUAAGCAAGUUACAAAGUGUCGGUAAGGAGUUUUUUGAGCUUCCGCAAGAAGAGAAAGAAGUUUAUGCUAAAAAACCUGGUCGUAAGGAAGGAUAUGGAACAUUUCUUCAAAAAGAAAUGGAGGGCAAGAAAGCUUGGGUCGACCAUUUGUUUCAUAAGAUUUGGCCUCCUUCUGCAAUUAACUAUGAGUUUUGGCCUAAAAUUCCUCCAUCUUACAGGGAGGUGACUGAGGAAUAUGCACAGCUUUUGCGUAAGAUUGCAGACAGACUACAUAAGACCUUGUCAUUAGGGUUAGGGCUUGAAGAGAAUGAAAUAGAUAAAGCAUUGGGUGGGGAGAAUCUGGAGUACCUUCUGAAAAUAAACUACUACCCACCUUGUCCGCGACCAGAUUUGGCCCUUGGAGUGGUGGCUCAUACUGACAUGAGCUCCCUCACCCUUCUUGUACCCAACGAUGUCCAAGGCCUUCAGGCUUGUAGAGAUGGAAAAUGGUACAAUGUCAAGUAUAUCUCUAAUGGCCUUGUCAUCCAUAUCGGUGACCAGCUUGAGAUUUUGAGCAACGGGAAGUACACAAGCGUGCUUCACAGGACUACAUUAAACAAAGAGAAGACAAGAAUGUCAUGGCCAGUGUUCCUAGAGCCUCCAUCGGAGUUGGAAGUAGGGCCUCACCCCAAGCUUGUAAAUGCAGAGAACCCAGCCAAGUUCAAGACCAAAAAGUUUGGUGAUUAUAGUUACUGCAAGCUCAACAAGAUUCCCCAAUAAAUCGGGCAAUUAGUAUGAUGAUAAGCUCAAACUGGAGAAGGAUUUAGCGGUAAAGGAUCUAAAGUUGAGAUCUCCAAAAUCUUUCUCAUAAUUGUUUUUGUAAUUGUUAGUUGGUUUGAUUCAUUUAGUUACUUUCUUAAAGAAAUUUCUUCAUUGGAUACUCGCCCUUUAAAUAUAUAAAUUACAAGUUGUUUUGCUCGGCAAA